AUGUAUCUACUCCGACUAAUCUGGCAGGCGCUUUUGAUUGACAUAGCAGAUGCAUACUACCGGACUGGUCCUAGCUACGGCAACAAUUUUGGGGUUCCUGUUCGCAAUGCCAGCUACGAUUAUGUUAUCGUGGGCGGUGGGACCAGCGGGCUAGCUAUGGCUGCCCGUCUAGCAGAAAACGGUUCAUACACUGUUGCUGUCAUCGAGGCUGGCGGUUUCUACGGAGUCGACAAUGGCAACAUUUCAGUCGUCCCAAAUCUGGGACUCAUCUACACCUCACCAUUGCUAGUGCUGAAGGAUGCCUACCCGACUGUCGAUUGGGGUAUCACGACCACAAACCAAACUGGUUUAAUGGGCCAGCAGUAUCACUAUGGCCGUGGACGUACGCUCGGGGGCACAUCUGCUCUCAACAGCUUAGUUUACCAUCGCGGAACCUACGGCUUCCACCAACGUUGGGCUGAGCUAGUCGGCGAUUCAAGCUAUGAAUUCGAUAACAUGCUACCUUAUUUCCGACGCAGCGCUCACUACACGCCACCACAGAUGGACAAGCGAUCUGAGAACGCCUCACUGCCGGAGCCGUCGCCAGAUGCUUACGACGAACAUGGCGGCCCGCUCGAGAUAGGCUACAUCAACUGGCCCCUGCCCUUUGGCUCCUGGGCACAACUUGCCUUUGAUGAGAUGGGUUUUGAACGAAUUUCGGAUUUCAACCACGGAAUUCUCAAAGACAAGCAUCAGUAUCUCACUCAGUGCGUCGAUCCCGAUAUGAAACGAAGCUCUUCUCAAGCUUCUUACCUCGAUUGGGCCAUUGAUAGCCAGCGCCAGAACCUCAUCACAUAUACGCGGACCCUUGCGAAGCGCAUCAUUUUCGACUCUGAGCUAAGAGCCACCGGUGUCGAAGUCACGACCAUGAAUAUCCCAUACCUUAUCAACGCCACCAAGGAAGUCAUCGUGUCAGCUGGCGCCAUUCAUUCGCCUCAACUCCUGAUGGUCUCGGGCAUUGGCCCGGCAGCUACGUUGCAGAACUUUUCAAUCCCGGUACUGGUCGAUCAUCCUGGUGUGGGUCAAAAUCUGUGGGAUCACGUCCUUUUCACAAUCACACAUCAAGUGAAUGUCCAAGGCGGCAGUCUACUCAACAUACCUUCCGUGUUCCAGGAGGCUGUCGUCAAUUACAAAGCAAACGCUACGGGCCCAUUAUCUAACACAGGUUUCGAUUUUGUAGCUUGGGAAAAGCUACCGGCAGCGUUUCGCGCAAAUUUGUCUGAUCAAGCUGGCGACGAUCUUGCAUCGUUCCCGUCCGAUUGGCCAGAGCUAGAGUUCAUCAUCGGUGACGCUCAGGCCGCCGAUGGAAAUCUGAAUAGCUACGCUUCCGUCAUUGGUGGACUAGUCGCGCCCAUGUCUCGAGGUUUCGUGUCUAUCUCGUCUCCAGACACAUCAGACCUUCCAAUCUUUGACCCUGGCUGGCUCUCGCAUCCUACCGAUAAAGAGGUUGCCGUUCAAUCUUUCCGUCGAUGUCGACAGGUCUUCAAUACCACCGCGAUCCAACCUGUGCUCAUUGGCCCCGAAGCUGUGCCUGGCCCUGAUGUGCAGACUGACGAGGAGAUUCUGGCAUACAUCCAACAGUCCGCAACCACAAUCUACCACGCAGCCGGCACGUGCAAGAUGGGUACAGACAACGACACCAUGGCAGUUCUGGAUUCACGCGCGAGGGUCAGGGGCACCAAGGGUCUACGCGUCGUCGACGCAAGUUCUUUUCCAGUACUUCUACCAGGACAUCCACAGGGUACGAUCUACGCGCUUGCGGAGAAGAUCGCCGAGGAUAUACUCUCGAGUCGGUGA